AUGAUAGAAUAUUGUAGCAAUAUAAAGAUAUAUGAAAACGAUGGUCUUCCAGACCAAAUGUGCAGUAAUUGUGUGUACAAAUUAGGAGUUGCGUAUCAAUUCAAACAAUCAUGUGAGAGUUCGGAUAUUCGACUAAGGCAAUAUCUCGGUUUACAAGUACCAAUUAAGUUCAAUGAUGCUGCUGUCAUGACUGAUCCAAUCCCUCCAGCCCGUACUACAAUUAUCCAGCAAUGUAAAUGUAAGCUAGUUAAUCAAAAAAAGAGUCGCAGUAAUUAUAAAAGGAAACCAGAAUCCGAAAAACUCAAGCGUGGCCCAAAACCAAAGCCUAAGCAAAAGCACUCUUGUUAUGAAUGUCAGAAGCAGUUCCAAUGUCAAGCACAACUGGAAAUGCAUAUCAGAACUCAUACAGGUGAUAAGCCAUUUAUUUGUAUGUAUUGUCCACGUCGGUUUACACAAAAACACAAUUUGACCAUACAUCUUCGAAUACACACUGGAGAGAAACCUUUUCAAUGUGAAGUGUGCAGUAAAACAUUUUCUGCCCAGAGCAACCUUCAAACCCACUUGAAAAUUCAUACAGGCCAAAAAGAUCAUAUAUGUCCAUUAUGCAACAAAUCAUUCAUAACUUCUAGUGAAUUGACUCGACACAUGCAUAAACAUAGAGGAAUUAAAAAUUUCAAGUGUGAUGUGUGUGGGUCUGCUUAUAUUCACAACAGAGAUCUUAAGCUGCACAAGUUGAAGAAACAUCAAGUUGUGCCACAGAAUCCCAAAAUUCAAAAUGAAGGUUACAAUAAUAACAGUCAUGUUGAUGUUAUAAGCCUUGAUGAAGGAAAGGAAAUGGCAAUAUUGCCAGAUAAAGACCGGAUGAGGAAUCCAUCCUACAAGCAGCCAUUCCCAAUUUGUGUUACGCGUACG